AUAUGCCGAAGGAGAGGGCGAGCUUUCGGUGUAACCUCAGCUCUUCAGCUUCCCCCGCUCAACUCGGAGAUCUUGCUCGGCUAACGGCUAUCAUUAAUGGCGUCUACGGAGAUAGCGAGGCAAGCGGGAGAAGGUGCCCGCGCUGUACCUCUUGCUGGCCAUGUUGGCUUUGACAGCAUGCCUGACCAGCUGGUCAACAAAUCUGUCAAUCAUGGAUUUUGCUUCAACAUCCUCUGCGUUGGUGAGACAGGUCUGGGCAAGUCCACCCUGAUGGACACGCUGUUCAACACCAAGUUUGAGGGAGAGCCCACCCAGCACAAUCAGCCCGGCGUGACGCUCAAAUCCAACACCUAUGAACUGCAGGAGAGCAACGUGCGCCUCAAGCUCACUGUCGUCAACACGGUGGGCUUUGGAGACCAGAUUAACAAAGAAGACAGCUACAAGUCCAUUGUGGAAUUCAUCGAUGCCCAGUUUGAAGCAUACCUCCAAGAGGAGCUGAAGAUAAAGCGCACACUCCACAGCUACCACGACACGCGCAUCCAUGCCUGCCUCUACUUCAUUGCUCCCACGGGCCACUCACUCAAAUCCCUCGACCUGGUGACCAUGAAGAAGCUUGACAGCAAGGUCAACAUCAUCCCAAUCGUUGCCAAGUCGGAUGCCAUCUCCAAGAGUGAGCUGGCCAAGUUCAAAAUCAAAAUCACCAGUGAGCUAGUCAGCAACGGUGUGCAGAUCUACCAGUUCCCCACCGACGACGAGUCAGUUGCAGAGAUCAACUCCACCAUGAACAGCCAUUUACCCUUUGCCGUAGUGGGCAGCACGGAGGAGGUGAAGAUCGGGAACAAGAUGGUCAAGGCCCGCCAGUAUCCCUGGGGCACGGUGCAGGUGGAGAACGAGAAUCACUGCGACUUUGUCAAACUGCGAGAAAUGCUGAUCCGAGUGAACAUGGAGGACCUGCGGGAGCAGACGCAUACGCGCCACUACGAGCUGUACCGCCGCUGCAAGUUGGAGGAGAUGGGCUUCAAGGACACUGACCCUGACAGCAAGCCCUUCAGUCUUCAGGAGACGUAUGAAGCAAAGAGGAACGAGUUCAUGGGCGAGCUACAAAAGAAGGAAGAAGAAAUGCGGCAAAUGUUCGUCCAAAGGGUCAAAGAGAAGGAGGCGGAGCUUAAGGAAGCAGAGAAAGAGCUGCACGAGAAAUUUGACCGCUUGAAGAAACUGCACCAGGAUGAGAAGAAGAAGCUGGAGGACAAGAAGAAGUCCCUGGACGACGAGCUCAACACGUUCAAACAGAAAAAGACUGCCACUGAGCUCUUGCAGAAUCAAGCCCAGCAGGCCGGGGGCUCCACCACGCUCAAGCGGGACAAAGAGAAGAAGAAUUAACUGCUCCUACACUUGAUGCAUGCUGCUUGAUGCACCCUGUUCUGAGAAGGAUUCCUGUAGAAAAGUGCUCCCUUGUGGCCACCCAGCUGUGAAUGAUCGUCCCUUACAGUGAACCCCUCCCCAAUGUCCCUACAACCCCACAAAAUGCCCUCAAACCUGGGCGUUGCUCAGUUGGACUCCUUUUUAAACACACCAUUCUAAUUAUGAUGUUUAUUCUUUGUAUACAAGAUACAUUCCACGCUUCUCUAUUUUUCUAUGUAGUGUCUUUCUUGCAUGGCGUGUGUAGUGCGCUUUUUAUUUUCCAUAUUAACACACAACAUGACCUUGUUGUGAUGGGCAGAAAUGUGCCAAAGCUCAAGCGAAACACACUCGUGAAAGCUUCAUUUUUAAACAUAACUGUGCGGAAAUUAGUGACUAUUUGAUUAUUUUUUUAUUUGGGGGGUGGGGUUAAUUAUCAGUACAUGGAAGUGUGGUAGUAUUUGAAAAGUGCCAUUGCAAUUACAAUUAGGCAAUAUCAUUAAAUUGCUUUAAUGAUGUACAACAUAUGAUGAUUAGGGCCAAACUGAAAAGGGAAACAAUGUAAAAUUAAGGGGGGGUAAUAGUCAUAGGCCUUGCAAAUAGUCGGAAUGUUGCAAGAGAAAAAGCUGUAGUUUACAAGAAAGACAAGAAAAGAAUGCAUAUGAGGAACAAAAAAGUCAUGAUUCUAAGACAACAAAGUGGUAAUUUUGCAAGAACAUAAGUUGCAAUAUAACAAGAAAAUAGUAGUGGUUUGGCUGCAAUAAGAUUAGUAUCGUAUGAGAAAAGUUGUAAUCUUACCGGAAGAAAAUUGUGAUGUUCAGGCAUACAAAGUAGCAUAGUUUGUAUGCAGCACUUCUUACAGAAUAUUCCAAUGUCAAUUUUAAAGUAAGAUUAGAUUUUUCUUGAACAAUUUGAACUUUUUGUAUCAUUAAGACUUUUUGUCUCCUCACUUUUAUGCAACUUUGUUGUGAAACGUGGUUCUGGUUAAUAUUGUACUUGUACUGUAAUACUAUUACUACUUUAGCUCCUUGCAGAUUACCAAUUUAUUCUCAUAAAAUGCCAUCCUUUUCCUUAUUGGAUCUCAGUUUUCUUGUAAAAUGACUACUUUCCCUCGAAUUUCAAUUUAGUUUUCUAAAAAAUUUUAUUUUUUUCUCAUUAAUUCCGCUUUGUAUUGGUUAGCUAAAGAAUAAUACAGUAGAGGUAUGAUUAGGCAGUUUCCCUCUGCUUUAAGUUUGUCACGGUCUGUACAUCUUGUUCGUUCACUCUCGUCUAACCAAAGCACCAAAGGCUUUCCUUGGAAAAAGUAGUUAUUGUUCAAAUCCCACUCGGUGCUUAAAGACAACUAGCAGGUGAGCUAUGAAAGCUUCUAAACCUACUAUUAGACUUUGCAGCGUCAUCCUGAGUCAAAAUGUGCCAUAAGAGACUGAAGCAGUAAUCUCAGACACAUACUGUACACAAUGAGUGUUUCGCUUGGACUUCUAUCUUUGCCACUUCUCCCCAUACCUCAUUGACGGUCAUGUGUUUUAUACCUUUUCUAUUGUAUUAGCUGUCACAUUUGCACUUUUGUUUUUUUUUUUAUACACAAAUGUGAUGAAAUUUGUAUGUAUGUUGUCAGUGCAAUUGAUACUUUUUUUUUGUUUGUUUCUGCGAGUUUUUAUAAUGGCACAUUUUAAAAGUCAGUGGUCAUGUUUGUACUCCCCCAAGUUGUUUGUCUACAGAGGAAAUAAAGGCAGUUCUCACCAUGUUAGGACA